AUGUGGACAUAUUUAGCCGAGCUUGUAGAAGAGUAUACAGUAAUGACUCGAAAGAUCAUAAAGAAUGUAACUGUGCUUGUAGUAAUUGCACAAAUUCUGUUAUGGUUACUUGAUGGAUUCCCAUUUUGGCGUAUCACGUUUUCUAUAACAUGUCAUGGGGUGUACUCAUUGAAUCUUGCGACGUUCCCUUACAUUAAUUUGAAGAGUUUACCGUUUGUGGCUAGUUGUGUACUUGUUAUAUUUGAUCAUUUUCUAUGGUUUCAAUAUUUUACAUCCCGGUACUUCCGAUUCAUGGAUAUCGCAGCGUUCUUUGGAAUUUGCGUGUGGCUUGUUCCUUUUGCGUAUUUUAUUUCGUUGAGCGCAAAUGACAAUGCGUUGCCCUCUUUUGAUCCAAAUACGCAAAAUAUCGAUGCAAUCCCGGCAAAGAACAAGGCUGGAUUAUUAAAAAAUGUCCUAACCGUGCUGCUACAGAAAAAAGAGGAUCUUAUUCCUAUGAUUUCUUCCGCAACAACUUCGUCGUCAUCUGCAUCCUUACAUUCUCGAAAAAUUAUAUGA